CGGCCUCCUGCGCGAGAGCGCCGGCCGAGCAGCCCGCCGCCGCGGCCGCGGCGUCCUCCCGGUGCCGCGGGGCAGACGAUCGGGCGGCGGCCCGGGCGGAGCGGGGGGCCCGGUGUCCGCGGGCGCGGGCCCGAGGCGGGGCACUCCUUUUCCGCCCCCGCUCGGAGGGGCGGGGGCGGCGAGCGCGGGGCCGCGGAGGCGCGGACUCCUUUCUGCGGCGGAGGGAUCCCGGCGGAGGCGGCCGCAGCCGGGCCGCUGCCUGAGAGUUGUUGUUUCCUCCUCCUCCUCCUCCGCCUCCGCCGCCGUCGCUUGAAUGGUGGAGCCGAGGCUCGGCUCGUGAGCACACACUGACAGCUACAGGGCAGGCGGCGGCGCCGUCCCCGCGUCCCCUCGGCGGCGGGCCGUCCCGCCGGCGGCCCCGAAGUGACCCGCCGACAUGUCUCGGGAGAGGAAAGGCCUCUCGGAGCUGCGAUCCGAGCUCUACUUCCUCAUCGCCCGGUUCCUGGAAGAUGGACCCUGUCAGCAGGCGGCUCAGGGUCAAGUAUUAUAGACACCUUGCACCUGAUCACUUGCUGCAAAUCUGUCAUCGACUAGGACCCCUUCUUGAGCAAGAAAUCCCUCAGAGUGUGCCUGGAGUACAAACUUUAUUAGGAGCUGGAAGACAGUCCUUGCUACGUACAAAUAAAAGCUGCAAGCAUGUCGUGUGGAAAGGAUCUGCACUGGCUGCACUACAUUGUGGAAGGCCACCAGAGUCUCCAGUUAACUAUGGUAGCCCACCUAGCAUUGCGGAUACUCUGUUUUCAAGGAAGCUGAAUGGGAAAUACAGACUUGAGCGACUUGUUCCAACUGCAGUGUAUCAGCAUAUGAAGAUGCAUAAACGAAUUCUUGGACACUUAUCAUCGGUGUACUGUGUAACUUUUGAUCGAACUGGCAGGCGGAUAUUUACUGGUUCUGAUGAUUGUCUUGUGAAAAUCUGGGCCACAGACGAUGGAAGAUUGCUAGCUACUUUAAGAGGACAUGCUGCUGAAAUAUCAGACAUGGCUGUAAACUAUGAGAAUACUAUGAUAGCAGCUGGAAGUUGUGAUAAAAUGAUUCGUGUUUGGUGUCUUCGAACUUGUGCACCUUUGGCUGUUCUUCAGGGACACAGUGCAUCUAUUACAUCACUACAGUUCUCACCGUUGUGCAGUGGCUCAAAGAGAUACCUGUCUUCUACUGGGGCGGAUGGCACUAUUUGCUUUUGGCUUUGGGAUGCUGGCACCCUUAAAAUAAAUCCAAGACCUACAAAAUUUACAGAGCGCCCUCGGCCUGGAGUUCAGAUGAUUUGUUCUUCUUUCAGUGCUGGUGGAAUGUUUUUGGCCACUGGAAGCACUGACCAUAUUAUUAGAGUUUACUUUUUUGGAUCAGGUCAACCAGAGAAAAUAUCAGAAUUGGAGUUUCAUACUGAUAAAGUUGACAGUAUCCAGUUUUCCAACACUAGUAACAGGUUUGUAAGUGGUAGUCGCGAUGGGACAGCACGAAUUUGGCAAUUUAAACGAAGAGAAUGGAAAAGCAUUUUGUUAGAUAUGGCUACUCGUCCAGCAGGCCAAAAUCUUCAAGGGAUAGAAGACAAAAUCACAAAAAUGAAAGUAACUAUGGUAGCUUGGGAUCGACAUGACAAUACAGUUAUAACUGCAGUUAAUAACAUGACUCUGAAAGUUUGGAAUUCUUAUACUGGUCAACUGAUUCAUGUCCUAAUGGGUCAUGAAGAUGAGGUGUUUGUCCUUGAACCACACCCAUUUGAUCCUAGAGUUCUCUUUUCUGCUGGUCAUGACGGAAAUGUGAUAGUAUGGGAUCUAGCAAGAGGAGUCAAAGUUCGGUCUUACUUCAACAUGAUUGAAGGCCAAGGACACGGUGCAGUAUUUGACUGCAAAUGCUCCCCUGACGGCCAGCACUUUGCAUGCACAGACUCUCACGGACAUCUUUUAAUUUUUGGCUUUGGGUCCAGUAGCAAGUAUGACAAGAUAGCAGAUCAGAUGUUUUUUCAUAGUGAUUAUCGGCCCCUUAUCCGUGAUGCCAACAAUUUUGUAUUAGAUGAGCAGACUCAGCAGGCACCUCAUCUCAUGCCUCCCCCCUUUUUGGUCGAUGUUGAUGGAAAUCCUCAUCCAUCAAGAUACCAGAGAUUAGUCCCUGGCCGUGAAAAUUGCAGAGAAGAGCAGCUGAUCCCUCAAAUGGGAGUGACUUCUUCAGGAUUGAACCAAGUUUUAAGCCAGCAAGCAAACCAAGAUAUCAGUCCUCUAGACAGUAUGAUUCAAAGACUACAGCAGGAGCAAGACCUGAGACGUUCUGGUGAAGCGGGUGUCAGUAAUACCAGCCGUUUAAACAGAGGGUCUGUAAAUUCUACCUCCGAAGUUCAUUCACCACCAAAUAUAGGGUUGAGGCGCAGUGGGCAAAUUGAAGGUGUGCGGCAGAUGCACAGCAACGCUCCAAGAAGUGAAAUAGCUACUGAGCGAGAUCUUGUUGCUUGGAGCCGAAGGGUAGUGGUACCUGAGCUCUCGGCUGGUGUAGCUAGUAGACAAGAAGAAUGGAGAACUGCAAAGGGAGAAGAGGAAAUAAAGAGUUACAGGUCAGAAGAGAAAAGGAAACACUUAAUGGUUGCAAAGGAGAAUAAAAUACUUACUGUCUCAAAGAAUCAUGCUCAUGAGCAUUUCUUGGAUCUUGGGGAGUCCAAAAAGCAACAGGCCAAUCAACACAGUUACCGUACAAGAUCUGCACUGGAAGAAAAUCCCAGGCCACUGGAGGAGAUAGAAAAUGGGACUAGUUCUUCAGAUGAAGGUGAAGUGGUUGCUGUCAGUGGUGGAACGUCUGAAGAAGAUGAGCGAGCAUGGCACAGUGAUGGCAGCUCCAGUGACUAUUCUAGUGAUUAUUCUGAUUGGACAGCAGACGCUGGAAUUAAUUUGCAGCCACCAAAGAAAGUUCCUAAGCAUAAAACCAAGAAAGCAGAAAGUAGCUCGGAUGAAGAAGAAGAGUCUGAAAACCAGAAGCAAAAACACAUUAAAAAGGAAAGAAAAAAAGCAAAUGACGAAAAAGAUGGACCAACAUCACCAAAGAAAAAAAAGCCCAAAGAAAGGAAACAAAAGAGAUUGGCUGUAGGAGAACUAACUGAAAAUGGUCUUACAUUAGAAGAAUGGUUGCCUUCAACAUGGAUUACAGAUACAAUUCCCAGAAGAUGUCCAUUUGUGCCACAGAUGGGUGAUGAGGUCUAUUAUUUCCGACAAGGACAUGAAGCAUAUGUUGAAAUGGCCCGGAAAAAUAGAAUUUAUAGUAUCAAUCCUAAAAAACAGCCAUGGCAUAAAAUGGAAUUAAGGGAACAAGAACUGAUGAAGAUCGUUGGUAUAAAGUAUGAAGUGGGAUUGCCUACCCUUUGCUGCCUUAAACUUGCUUUUCUAGAUCCUGAUACUGGUAAACUGACCGGUGGAUCAUUUACCAUGAAAUACCAUGAUAUGCCUGACGUCAUAGAUUUUCUAGUCUUGAGACAACAAUUUGAUGAUGCAAAAUAUAGACGGUGGAAUAUAGGUGACCGCUUCAGAUCAGUCAUAGAUGAUGCCUGGUGGUUUGGAACAAUUGAAAGCCAGGAGCCUCUUCAACCUGAGUACCCUGAUAGUUUGUUUCAGUGCUAUAAUGUUUGCUGGGACAAUGGAGAUACAGAAAAGAUGAGUCCUUGGGAUAUGGAACUAAUACCUAAUAAUGCUGUGUUUCCAGAAGAACUGGGUACCAGUGUUCCUUUAACUGAUCCUGAAUCUAGGUCACUAAUUUAUAAACCUCUUGAUGGAGAAUGGGGAGCCAAUCCCAGGGAUGAAGAAUGCGAUAGAAUUGUUGGAGGAAUAAAUCAGCUGAUGACACUAGAUAUUGCUUCAGCAUUUGUGGCCCCUGUGGAUCUGCAAGCGUAUCCCAUGUAUUGCACUGUGGUGGCAUAUCCAACGGAUCUAAGUACAAUUAAAGAAAGACUGGAAAACAGGUUUUACAGGCGCUUUUCAUCACUAAUGUGGGAAGUACGAUAUAUAGAACAUAAUACACGAACAUUUAAUGAGCCAGGAAGCCCAAUUGUGAAGUCUGCUAAAUUUGUGACUGAUCUUCUUCUGCAUUUUAUAAAGGAUCAGACUUGUUAUAACAUAAUUCCACUUUACAACUCAAUGAAGAAGAAAGUUUUGUCUGACUCAGAGGAAGAAGAGAAAGAUGCUGAUGGACCAGGAACUUCUACCCGGAAAAGGAAGGAUCAUCAGCCUAGAAGAAGGUUACGCAACAGAGCUCAGUCUUAUGAUAUUCAAGCAUGGAAAAAACAAUGUCAAGAAUUAUUAAAUCUCAUAUUUCAAUGUGAAGAUUCAGAGCCUUUUCGACAGCCAGUAGAUCUUCUUGAAUAUCCAGACUACAGAGACAUCAUUGACACUCCAAUGGACUUUGCUACUGUCAGAGAAACUUUAGAGGCUGGGAAUUAUGAGUCACCAAUGGAGCUAUGUAAAGAUGUCAGGCUCAUCUUUAGUAAUUCUAAAGCAUAUACACCAAGCAAAAGAUCAAGGAUUUACAGCAUGAGUUUACGCCUGUCUGCUUUCUUUGAAGAACAUAUUAGUUCAGUUUUGUCAGAUUAUAAGUCUGCCCUUCGUUUUCAUCAAAGAAAUACCAUAACCAAAAGAAGGAAGAAACGAAAUAGAAGCAGCUCCCUUUCCAGCAGCGCUGCAUCAAGCCCUGAAAGGAAAAAAAGGAUUUUAAAACCCCAGCUGAAGCCAGAAAUAGCUACCUCUCCAUUCUCUGUACCUACGCGAUCAGUACUACCAAGGCAUAAUGCUGCUCAGAUAAAUGGUAAACCAGAAUCCAAUUCUGUUGUUCGAACCAGGAGCAACCGAGUGGCGGUAGAUCCGGUUAUCAAUGAGCAGCCAUCCACAUCAUCUGCCACAAAAGCUUUUACUUCAAAAACUAAUGCAUCUGCCAUGCCAGGAAAAACAAUGCUAGAGAAUUCUGUGAAACAUUCCAAAGCCUUGAGUACACUUUCAAGUCCUAGUCAACCCACAUUUGGCCAUGGUACGAGGAAUAAUUCUGCAAAAGAAAACAUGGAAAAGGAAAAGCCUGUCAAACGUAAAAUGAAGUCUUCUGUACUCUCAAAAGCAUCCAUGCUUCCAAAGUCAUCGGCUGUCAUUGAUCAAGGAGAUUGUAAGAACAAUGUUCUCAUACCAGGAACCAUUCAAGUAAAUGGCCAUGGAGGACAGCCAUCGAAACUUGUGAAGAGAGGACCUGGGAGGAAGCCUAAGAUAGAAGUUAACACCAGUAGUGGUGAAGUUACACACAAGAAGAGAGGCAGAAAACCCAAAAACCUGCAGUGUGCAAAGCAAGAAAACUCUGAGCAAAAUAAUAUGCAUCCCAUCAGAGGUGACGUAGUUCCUUCUUCAACAUGUAACUUUCUUUCUGAAACUAAUGUUGUUAAGGAGGAUUUGUUACAGAAGAAGAGUCGUGGAGGCAGAAAACCCAAAAGGAAGAUGAAAACACAAAACCUGGAUUCAGAACUCAUAGUUCCUACAAAUGUUAAAGCGUUAAGGAGAAGUAACCGGAAAAAAACAGAUGAUCCUAUAGAUGAGGAAGAAGAGUUUGAAGAACUCAAAGGCUCUGAACCUCACAUGAGAACUAGAAACCAAGGUCGAAGGACAGCUUUCUAUAAUGAGGAUGACUCAGAAGAGGAGCAGAGGCAGCUCUUGUUUGAAGACACCUCUUUGACUUUUGGAACUUCUAGUAGAGGGCGAGUCCGAAAGUUGACUGAGAAAGCAAAGGCUAAUUUAAUUGGUUGGUAACUUGGAGUGGAAUAUUGUGCUUCAAAAUCUAUAAAGCAGACCUGGAAUACCAUGUCAUAAACGGCAGUCUUGCACCACGGUAGCAGGCCCUUUCGUUUUGUACAUACUGAUUGGACCUUUCUUUACUGUUACGUGGACACUUUCUAUGUUAGUUUUGAUGCAUAAUUCUUGGAAUCCUUUUAUACAAACUAGAAUGUAUGUGUAAGAAUUCCUGUCCCUGCAAUGUAGUAACUAUAAACUUAUUUUUAAAUAAAUAGAAAACUUGUUUUUCUAAGCCAUUUUGUAGAGCCUCAUGAUUUCUUUGCUUCUUUGUUUUGGUUAGUUUUGAACAACAUAAAGCACCUGGUACGUACUCCAUAGGCAACUUACCAAAGCAAUUGUGAUAUAGAAGCCAUUAUGUAAAUUCUGGUUCGUUAGAGAUUCCAUUUUUCUGUCUAUUUGUGUAAUGUUAAAACCACUAUCAAAGAUUUCAAGCACCUAAUGUAAUUCCAGAGUGACUGAAGCUUAAAAAUAAAGACUCCUUUGCCUUUC